UCCAUCUCUCUGGGAGUCACUGCCACUUCCUCUACUACAGUGCACUCUGCUUUUGGCAAAUAUUCCACUACAGUUCCUUUUCUUUUGAUAUUUUUCUUGAAGUUCCUCUUGUUUUCCCCCUUUGGAUAAGGACAGGGAUUCACCAUGCAGUCCUGUGCCAGGUGUGGGUUUGUGGUCUACCCAGCAGAGAAGAUCAACUGCAUUGACCAGAACUGGCAUAAAGCAUGUUUCCACUGCGACGUCUGUAAGAUGGUGCUGACGGCCAAUAACUUUGUCAGCCACAAGAAGAGGCCGUACUGCUCUGUACACAACCCAAGGAACAACACAUUCACCAGCGUGUACGAGACCCCCAUCAACAUCAAUGCAAAGAAGCAAACCAAGGCCAGCAGUGAGCUGAAGUAUCGUGAAGAUGGUGAGCGCUUUAAGUCCACCUUCCACUAUGACAUGAGGUCCAUGGAGCUGGAGAGGGCUCGACUAGCCAAUCAAAUGGCCAGCCAGGCCUUUCAGUCUCAGUCUGAGUUCUCACAGCAGCAGACUUGGUACUCGGGCAUGGUGACCAAUCAGGAGAUGGUAACAGUGUCUCAGGCCCAGAACGCUAUCAGUAACGUAAAGUACACAGAGGAAUAUGAGCAGUCAAAAGGAAAAGGCAGCUUUCCUGCGAUGAUCACACCAGGUUACCAGGCUGCAAAGAAAGCCAAUACUUUGGCCAGUAAUCUAGAAUAUAAGAAAGGACAUGAGGAGAGAGUGUCAAAGUACACCACAUUUGUUGACCCCCCUGAGGUUCUUCUGGCUAAGAAACAAGGACAAAUGAUCAGCGAUUUUGCCUACACAGAAGAAUACGAGCAGCAGAGGGGUAAAGGCAGCUUCCCAGCACAUCUCACACCUGGAUACAUGAUUUCAAAGAAAGCCACUGAGCAGGCCAGUGAUAUAAAGUACCGUCAGACAUAUGAACAGGAGAUAAAGGGUAAAGCCAGUACUGAGGCUGCAGCGGCUGAAGCGGCUCAUGCCAGAGAAAAUGCAGAGAACUUCAGCCAGAUUGCAUAUACUGAGGAGUAUGAGCAGCAGCGAGGCAAAGGAAGUUUCCCCGCCAUGAUCACUCCUGGAUAUUAUCUUGCGAAGAAGGCUCAGGAAAAUGCAAGUGAUCUGAAAUAUAGAAAAGACAAGAGCAAGAUGGGCACGUCACACUUUCACAGUCUGACCAGUGAGGACAAUCUUGCACUGAAGAAUGCCCGAAAAAUCAACAAGAUGGUCAGCGAGGUGGAGUAUAAGAAGGACUUGGAGAACACUAAAGGCCACAGCAUCAAUUUCUGUGAGACACCACAGUUUCAGAACGCUGCCAAGACCGCCAAGUUCAUCAGUGAUAACAAAUACAAAGAGAAGUACACCACUGACAUGAAGGGCCACUAUGAGGACUCGGGAAUUGAUAAGAAGACCAUGCAUGCUAUGAAAGUCAGGAAGCUGGCGAGUGACAUUUCUUAUAAACAAGGCUGUGAACUGGAGCAGGGUGAAUACAACUAUCCAGCCACACUCACACCAGGAUACAAAAGCCAAAGGAAACUAGACCCACUGAAAGACAAGAACUACAGACAACAUAUUGACCAGGUCAAGUACAGUCCAGUGAUCGACACUCCUGAGAUUAUUUUAGAGAAGAAUGCUCAGCUCGUUAGUAAACAAAAUUACAAAGCAGACUAUGAAAAGACCAAACAUCAGUACACACUGUCCCAGGACCUGCCCCAAAUCAAAAAGGCUAAAGCCAAUGCUGCCUUGUGCAGUGAUAUUAAAUAUAAAGAGGAGUGGGAGAAGACCAAAUCUAAAGCCUGUGACAUUGGUGUCGAUGACCUGUCUGUCAGAGCAGCGAAAGCGUCCCGAGACCUCGCCAGUGAUAUUAAAUACAAGGAAGGUUACAAGAAAAACAUGGAAAACUCAGUGGGGGUCAACGUGAGCGACUCAAAGACUCUGCACUCGCUUCAAGUGGCCAAGAUGAACAGUGAUAUUGAGUACAAAAAGAGCUCUAAGGAAAACCAGGCCCAGUACACCGUCACUAAGGAUACCAUUAAUCUGAGCCAUGCUAAAAAGGCCCAGGCCCUCGCCAGCGACCUGGAAUACCGCACAAAGCUCCAUGAGUACACGGUCAUGCCAGAUGACAUCAAGGUCCAGCAGGCCAAGAAGGCUUAUUCCCUGCAAAGCGAGAACCAGUACCGCUCAGACCUGAACUGGAUGAAAGGAGUCGGUUGGGAGACAGAAGGAUGUCUGAACAUCACCCAGGCCAAGAAAGCCGGAGAGCUGCUGAGUGAUACAAAAUACCGCCAGAAGGCCGACAGCAUCAAGUUCACUCAGGUUGCAGACGAUCUUUCCAUCAGACACGCCAAAAAGAGCCAGGAACUCCAGAGCGAUCUGGCAUACAAAGCAGACACAGAGCAGAUAAUGCACCAGUACACCAUGACAAAGGAUGAGCCCCAGUUCAGACAAGCAAAGGCUAACGCAGACCUUCUGAGUGGGAGAGUGUACAAGGGUAAAUGGGAGAAGCAGAUGGAAAAGGGCUUUGAGCUGAGUCUGGACUCACUGUCUAUUCUUACUGCUAAAGCCAAAAGAGACCUGGCCAGUGAUAUCAAAUACAAGGAGCAGUAUGAGAAAAACAAAGGGAAGGUCAUCGGCAUUAAAUCGGUCACUGAUGACUCUCAGAUGGCUCACUCUGCUCUGGCCACCAAACUACAGAGUGGUCGCCACUACAAGAAGGAUUAUGAGGACACCAAGACCAAAUACAGUGUGUCUUUGGAUAUGAUGAACAUCAGCCAUGCACAGAAGGCCCAAGACCUGGCGACUGACACCAAUUACAGGACUGUCCUCCAUGAGUACACAACACUGCCGAGUGACAUGAAUGUGGCCUGGGCAAAGAAGGCCUACGGGCUGCAGAGUGAUAAACAGUACAGGUCAGACUUGAACUGGAUGAAGGGCGUGGGUUGGGAGGCCGCGAAAUCCCUGGACGUCCAACAGGCGAAGAAAGCUGGAGAACUCAUCAGCGAGAAAAAGUACCGCCAGGAUGUAAGUGCUCUGAAGUUUACCAGUGUGGAGGACAGUCCAGAGAUGGUCCAGGCCAAACUCAGCAACAAACUGGCACUUGAUAGGUUAUACAGGGAGAAGGGUGAAAACAUGAAGCAUAACUACACCCUCAGCGGAGAGCUUCCUGAGCACAUUCAGGCCAAACUCAAUGCUAAGAACCUCAGCGAGAGCACCUACAAGGAAUCCUGGGCUAAGAUACGUGAUGGUGGUUACAAGCUGCGUUUGGAUGCCAUUCCUUUCCAGUCUGCCAAGGCAUCUGCAGAAAUCCUCAGUGAUCAAAAAUACAAAGAGGAGUUUGAGAGGACCAAAGGAAAGAUGAUCGGGCUGAAGGGAUUACAGGAUGACUUGAACAUCGCUCAUUCAGUUCACGCCACCAAACUACAAAGUGAUAUUAAAUACAAGAAGGACUCGGCGAAGGAGCUGUCCAAGUUCCACCUGCCUAUGGACAUGCUGGAAGUCUCCCACGCUAAAAAAGCUCAGUCCCUGGUCAGUGAUCAGGACUAUCGGCUGACCCUGCAUCAGUACACGUCACUGCCUGAUGACAUGAAGGUCCAGGCCGCCAAGAAAGCCUAUGCUCUGCAGAGCGAGAAAGUAUAUCGGUCUGACCUGAACUAUCUGCGUGGUGCAGCCUGGAUCGCCACUGGAGCGCUACAGAUUGAAGGAUCCAAGAGGGCCACAGACCUCAUUAGUGAUAAAAAGUACCGUCAACAGCCGUACAACUUCAAACAUACAUCUGUGGCUGAUUCCCCAGACAUCGUCCACGCUAAACUCAGUGGACAAAUUACAAAUGAACGUUUGUACAAAGAGAAGGGGGUGAAUGACCAACACAACUACACAAUCACAACAGAGAGACCAGAGAUUACUCAAGCAAAGAUCAAUGCAGCCAACCUUAGUGAAAUCAAAUACAAAGAGUCUUGGCACACUCUGAGGGCUCAGGGCUACAAGCUCACCAUGCAGGACAUCCCCUUCCAGGCUGCAAAGAGCUCCACAGGCAUCGCCAGUGAUUACCAAUACAAGCAUAACCACCUGCUGGAAAAGGGAAAGCAUAUCGGUGUCAAAAGCAUCCUGGAGGACCCACAUCUCCUCCACUGCCUGCAUGCAGGUCGACUGGCCAGCGACCAGGAAUACCGAAAGGAAGCGCUGACAGCCAGUGGACAGUAUCACCUUACCCCAGAUAUGAUCAAUCUGGUCACAGCUAAGAAUGCUCAGGCGCUCGCCAGCGACCAGGACUACAGGAAGAAGCUGCACGAGUACACUGUGCUUCCUGAUGACAUGAAGGUCAAGUGGGCCAAGAAGGCUUAUGACCUACAGAGUGAGAAACUGUACAAAUCAGAUCUCAACUUCAUGAAAGGCGUGUCCUGGGAUGGUGUCGGUGCACCACAGCUGGAGUCGGCCAAAAAGGCUGGAGAGCUGAUAAGUGAAAAGAAGUAUCGUCAGCUGCCCGACCAACUGAAGUUCACCUCAGUGGCUGAUUCCCCUGAUAUCGUCCAUGCUAAAACGAGCUAUCAGCAAUGUAGUGAGAGGCUGUACAAAUCAGGAAAGAAUGACGACAUGCAUAAGUACACCUUACACUCAGAUGAUCCAGACUUUGUCCGAGCCAAGAUUAAUGCCCAGCAGAUAAGUGAUAAAGUUUACAAGGCAUCUGGGGAGCAAGUGAAGACAUCAGGCUAUGACCUGAGGCUAGAUGCUAUUCCCUUCCAGACUGCCAAGGCCUCCAGAGAAAUUGCCAGUGAUUUCCGUUACAAAGAAUCCCACGUGAAGGGGAAGGGUCAGCAGGUCGGCCUGCGCUGCGUGGAGGACGACCCCAAAAUGGUGCACUCUCUGGCGGCCAGCAAACUCCAGAGCAACCUGGAGUAUAAACGCCAGUCCAAGGAGGAGCGUGCAAACUACAAAAUCCACGCUGACCAGCCUCAGUUCCUGCAGGCCAAGAAGAGUCAGGCCCAGGCCAGUGACCUCACCUACCGCAACAAGCUCCACGACUACACCUGUGACCCCGAACAGCUCAACGUCAAGCACGCCAAGCAGGCCUAUAAACUGCAGAGUGAUGUAAACUACAAAUCAGACCUGAACUGGAUUAAGGGAGUGGGCUGGACCCCUCCUGGAUCCCACAAGGCUGAGCUGGCCCGACGGGCUGCAGAGCUGGGGUUGGCUGAUGGAGUCAGCACUGAUGAGGCCAUUGCAAAAUACCAGCACAUGAUGAUGCUGCAUCACCAGCAGCAGAUGGAUCAGCAGCAGCAGCAGCAGAUGUCAGAGCAGGUGGAGACGAGUGAGGAGAUUCAACGAGGCAUCAACAUGGACGCCAUGGAGGUCCUUCACGUCAAGAGGAAGAAGACGGUCCAGACGGUCCAGAAAAAGUCCACCACUACCACCACCUCGUUCAGGUCCAUGGAGAAGAAGUCCACAAGCACCUCCUCCUCCUCAUCGGCUGCAUUACAGAGCACGGUCAAGUCCAUGUCUAGUAAAGCCGCCGCGAUAGAAGAAGCGUAGAUCAGAUGACUUUUUAUUAAUGAUAGUGUUUAGUGAAAAUUGAAACACCAUUUUUAGAACUUUUCCUGAAUGGAUUAUUUUAAAAGUUGUUUUUGUCAUAUCUGCUUUUAUGAAACGUGACUGAUGUGACUCUUACAUGGGAUGUCGCGCAGUGUAGGUGCAAAAUGGACGAAUAUACUGUUGUUUUAAAUUAUUAUGAGGGAUAUAAGCAUGUAGUCAGAGUAGGAUUUGUUAAGUUUGUCGAAAGGCCUGUCGAUGCAUGAGGUGAACAAAAAGGAAUUCAGAAAGGGAACUUUAUUUUCAGGUUGUUUGCAGUUAAUUUUUCAUUUUCAUUAAGCCUCUGAAUGAGUGUUCAACAGGAGCUUACAACAAAAUAUUAACCGUAUGAAAAGUGAAUGCAGGUUUUUUUGCAGGACAGACGUUGUAUUGUGUGAAAUACAUGAAAGACAGUAUGAUGCUGGCUUUUGUAUAUCGUGUUUGUUCAGAGUAGAGGGAGCUGGACUGGUUUAUGGCCGGCACUGCAGAGAGAAAAUGUUUUUUCAUUGUUUUUUUAAUCUUUAGAA